CGGAGCGGCAUUUUUCGUUCACUUUUCGUCCAUUUGUCACGACUGCGGAGAGAGCGUCGCCGAUUUCUCGAGAUUUGGUCAGGAAGAGAAAAGGACUCAUUGCUGUGCAGAAAUCAUGUCUGAGGAGAAUCAGGACAAAUCACUCGUGGAUGCGGGUGCGGAGUCUGAUGGGGAGACAGAGGAGAAGGGUGGCUUCAACAGCUUCGUGAAUUCACCGGCCUUUCUCUCGGGCAUCAUGCGUCGCCAAGUGUUGCAGGUGAUGGUGAAAUCCCUGCCGGAGAAUGUCCAGAAGCGCGUGAAGGCGCUGAAGAAUCUGCAGCUGGAGUAUUUUGACAUCGAGACGAAGUUCUACGAGGAAGUGUAUGAGCUGGAGAAAAAGUAUCAGGCGCUCUACACGCCAAUUCUGGACAAGCGACGAGACAUUGUCAUGGGCACGUAUGAGCCGUCGGGGAAGGAGGUGGAAUUUGCGUCGGAUCACGAGGAUGACGAUGAUCUGGCGGAGAAGAUGAAGGAGUUGAGUUCGGACAUGAAGGAGACGAAGAAUGACUAUCCGGCCGAUGUCAAGGGCAUUCCAGACUUCUGGCUGAAGAUCUUCCGCAAUGUCACACUGAUUUCGGACAUGGUGCAGGAGCACGAUGAGGUGUUGCUGCGGAAGUUGCGCGAUGUGAACAUCAAGUAUGCGGAUGAGGGCAUGAGUUAUAUCCUGGAGUUCUUCUUUGAGCCCAAUGAGCACUUCACCAAUGAGGUGCUGACGAAGCAGUACUUCCUCAAGGCGGCCAUCGAGAAAGAUGACCCGUUCAGCUUCGAGGGCACGGAGAUCUACAAGUGCGUGGGCUGCGUGAUAAAUUGGAACAAGGGCAUGAACCUCACGGUGAAGACGAUUCGCAAGAAGCAGAAGCACAAGGCGCGCGGCGCCGUGCGAACCAUCACCAAGCAGGUGCCCAAUGACUCAUUCUUCAACUUCUUCACGCCACCCGAGGUGCCCGAGGACGAGUCGAAGAUCGAUUCGGAGAAUGAGAAUCUGCUGGCCAGUGAUUUCGAGAUUGGUCACUUCCUGCGCUCGCGCGUCAUCCCCAAGGCCGUGCUGUACUUCACCGGCGACGUGGUGGACGAGGAUGAGGAUGAUCUGGAGGAGGAGGAGGAGGAAGAGGGCGAGGAGGAUGACGAGAUGGAGGGCGAGUGUGACAAAUAUAUGGACAAAAUUGGCGGCGGCAAGAAGGAACAUCCGCCGGAAUGCAAGCAACAGUAGACAUGCUGCUGAAGCUUAUCCCAGCUCUUCUUCAUCUUUUUCGGGGAAAUUGUGGGUCGUCUGAAGAAAAUUAAACGCGUCUUUUCUUUGCCAACAUCACACAACCACACACACACACACACAUUCCUGACCAUCUCGGAAGGUAAAUCGCGAUCCUUUUCAAUCUUUGGCCAUCUGUCUCUCUCAUAUCACUUGGAUUCAACAAUUGUAAUUGUCAUUGUUCGAAGAAAUUUCAUUUUGUGAAUAAAUAUCGGUUUCCGAAAUGAAUUUGGCGCAAAAA